GAGUAGACGGACAGACAGACAGACACGCGUGCCGAGGGCGCAAGGCCGGGGGGGCGGAGUCCCCUGACCCCUCAGUUGCUCUGUAUAUAUAGCAGCCCGCGCGGUAGGAGCUGCAGUUCACAAGCUAGUGCUCCAGCAACAUGGCUAAGUGCAUUCUGGUCGGAAUCCUCUUUGCGGCCGUUCUGGCGGUCUGCUUCGCCGCUGAGGCGGAGGAUAAGUCCAAGUCUGCAGAUGACGACCUCCAGCGCUCAGAGACCUACUGGGGAGGAUACGGUGGCAGAGGCUGGGGUGGUGGCUAUGGAGGAUACGGAAGCGGCUACGGAGGAUACGGUAGUGGCUAUGGAGGCUACGGUCGCGGCUACGGAGGAUACGGUGGAUACGGCGGAUACGGUGGCUAUGGAGGAUACGGAGGAUACGGCGGAUAUGGAGGAUACGGAGGAUACGGCCACAGGAGAGGUUGGGGAGGUGGCUAUGGAGGUCACGGAUACUGGGGCUGAACCUCCACGUCAUGAAAUCCCAUCUUACCAUCGACCGAUCUUUACCUAAAUUUCAGCUUUAAAUAAUUGUUUCAGUAAUUGAAAUUGUGAUAAAUUAAUUUAUGUAAAUGUGUCCAGUUUAAAAUGUAAAAUAUAUUAAAUAUUAUUUUUUACAAAUUUCUACAAUAAAUGUUUUCAAAACUA